AAGCGCCUCAUAAAUCCAAAUCCUGACCGUUAAAGCAAAAUCUCUCUUCCUCGCUUUCUCUCAUCAUCAUCAUCAUCAUCAUCAUCAUCAUCAUCAUCUUCUCUCUUCUUUCUUCAUCUUCCUCGUCUUCCCUCGUAAGCUUGCUGAAACUAACUUAGCGAACACGCCAAAGGAAAGAGGUCAGAGAGAUGGUGAGGAAGUGCGGGGGAGCUACCGAGGCCGGCGGUGGAAGAGCUCGUAGAGGCGGAGAUCGGGCUGACAUUGUGGGAGAAGCCAAGCGGAGGAAGAUCGACGAUGGUGGAGGAUCGGUCGGAAUUUCGUCUACAUAUAUGCAGCUGCGUAGCCGGAGAAUAUUACUAAGGAAUUCCGUCUCACGGAGAACGGUUAAUCUCGGUUGCGGAUCGGAAAACCCUAGCUCUGCAGUACACGACGGUGCCGUUUCUUCAUCGUUUUGUUGCCACGACUACGAGACGAGCGGAAGCAAGAGCAACGUCUAUGGAUACGUAGAUCUGGAGGAGGACAAAUGCAGUGAGACCGAAACGUCGGCGUGUGGGAGUCAACCGACGCUGUUCAUCAAGGUGAGAGACGAAGAAUCAACAGAGUCCAUGGGGAAUUCAUUUUCCACGAUCAAAUCCGCAGACACGGCGAACACAUCUCAUCCAGAAUGCUGCCGAAGAGCACCACCAUCGGCGGAGGAGAACGAGAAAACGACGGUUCCAACGGAAGCGGAGCUUGAAGAAUUCUUCUCGGCGGCAGAGAAGCAGCACCAUGAGAAGUAUUCGGAAAAGUAUAACUUCGAUUUCCUGAAGGAGAAGCCAUGUGAAGGACGUUACGAGUGGGUAAAAUUGUCGCAGUGAGUGCCAUUGAUAAGGUUUUGAGUUUUAAUAUCUAAGGAAAGGUUCUGAUGAAUUCUAGUUACCAUAGUAGAAGAGGAAGAAGACGAAGAGUGGAGAGGUACAAUUGAUGAAGAAUGCGAAUGCAAAGAUGAAAUUUGCACAGAAGAAGCUUCUGAUUAAGAAAGAAAGAUGGGUUUUCCACUUGAAAACAUUCUCAGGUUCUUAGAGAGAGAGAGAGAGGAGAAAGAGCCCAGAAAAGUCGUGUCUUUUUUUGUUGUGAUAAAUUAAAACAAAUGUCUGCAACUAUUCUUUUUCUGGGCUUUUCACUUUCAGUACGCACUUUCUUCUUUGUGGAUAACUAUUUUUUUCGACCGCAUCAAUAAUUUCAAUUCUUAUUUUAUUUGACGAAA